AUGAGUAAAAAUGAUUUGGCGGCCACAAGAAAAACAAGUCAAAAAGAUAGUGAUGAAGGAGGGUGUAGACCACUUGAUAUCGACUAUGGAAUUGCUGUAACAGGUAUUGUGGAUGAAAAUCAUGUAACACUACCUGUGCGUUUAUCUGUUUCUGCUUCUAAUGAGCCGAAUACACAUCAUGAGUAUGCUGAAUCUCUUAUCGAAAUGGAUGGUAUUGUGAAGAUACGUGAUCUAGUUGUUGGUGAAUCAUACGUUCUUCUUCGAUACUCAUCCUAUAAACAUGUACCGUCCAAUGGCACUAUCAAUGAUUUUCUAUCAUCGAAAUUUGAUGAAAAAUUUGAAUUUGUGGCAAAUGAGAAAACGUAUAUUUAUGAAGAUCCAAAGAAAAUUCCUUCGACAGGAUCAGUCUACUAUCGAUGUGUUCCACAAUCUGAAUAA